AUCAACGUGACUGCAGUCAGCUACCAAAACAAAUCGGAGCAAACUAGGAAAAGAGGAAAAUGACUGACAACCUGGAACCUGUAUCUGCAGAUUUGUAUCGUCGUCGUGUCCAGAAUGGCGAUCUUCGUAAACUUUCUGGGGUUGAUUGGAGUCGAGGUUCCCUGGCUUCACAGUUCCUACCUGAAGAGGCACAGAGACAAUUAGAUGAAAAGUAUAAAGAGAGCACAGAGAAAAAAUCUCCAUAUUCCAUCUGGAAUGUUAUGUGGUUGCUUACAGCUAUGGCAACAUUUUACUACACUGACUUCUAUCCAGCAUUACUCUAUGACACACGGAUAAACAGAUUCUGGCUCAAUCUUGGUGCUUUACUUAUUGGGGUGAAUAUUACAAUUGGUGCCUUCCUCAUCUUAUGGACUAGUUGCAUCAAGAAGAUAUCAUCCGAUGAAUGGGAAAGACAGUACCCAGCUGCUAUUCCAACUGCUACAGCUUCCUUUAUCCUUGGAGCUGUAUGUGUCACAAUUGGUCUUUGGCCAGUUUGGAGCAUCCUUACUCCAUUGAUCCUCUUCCUCAUUUUCAUGGGAUUUGUAGUUGUUGUUGCCGUGAUACCAAAUUUCUAAAACAUUGCCAGCCAUUCUCAGCAUUUAUUGGAGUAUCAUUCCAUGAAGGAGGACAUAUUUGUGGUAUGAGCAUCUUUACCCCGACAAAAAGAAAUCAGUACCUAGUGCCUUGGUGAAGUCUAAAAUCCCAUCGGAUUGAACCAUUAUUCUCCGAUGUGUGAUUUUUUUCCCUUGCCUACACUGGUGACAUUUACUGAAGUUCUAGGACCUGGUGUUGUUCACUUGACUCUUAAAGCAGUGUCUGUUAUCUAAUAUUGCCAGAGUUUUUCAUGAGUAUUUAUGAUCCAGCUUAGCAUCUGUUCUAUGUAACUGAAGUGUUCUUUGACUGAAUAGUAUCUAAAUAACCUUUGUGGUCAAUGAUUAUUUCCACCUCUAUAAACAUGUCUUAAAGUCAAGUUAAGGUGAUUAACCUGAUUAUUUCAUUAUCUGAAACUUU